CGCAGAGUUAGACAAGACGAGCGUUUGAGCUUAAGUUUCAAGGAUGUGGAAAGCUGACCUGUUCAUCACUCAACCACCUUCUUCUAUAAGGUUCAACUCAAGUUUCACACUUCAGACCAAACAGGUUUAAACUAAGAGAAUGCAGGCUCUUCAGGUUCUGUCUCUGACUCUGCUGUCUGUGCUGGCGGUCAGCGCUCAGUCCAUCGGCUCUGGAAAAUGUCCACAGCCUCCUGUUCAGCAAAACUUUGAUCCUACUAGGUACAUGGGCAGAUGGCAUGAGAUUAUGAAGAUUCCAGCCCCGUUCCAGUUGGGAGAGUGUUGCCAGGCCACUUAUACUCUGAGUGACGGUAUUGUCCUGGUUCGAAAUGAUGAGCUUCUUGCUAAUGGCACUGUCAGCUUCAUUGAGGGAACUGCCAAGAUUGUAGAUGCAUCAGAGCCUGCCAAACUUGAAGUCAGCUUCUUUGAAGAUGCUCCUCCUGGCCCCUACUGGGUGCUGGCUACUGAUUAUGACAACUACACCCUGGUUUACUCUUGCUCUGAUUUCGCCGGGCUCUUUCACGCUGAGUAUUCCUGGAUCAUGAGCAGAACCCGCACACUUCCUAAAGAGACCGUCUCUGAGCUGUUAGGCAUCCUCAAAUCCCAUGGCAUCAGCACUGAUGGUUUCACUGAGACCGACCAGAGACCGGAGCUGUGCAGCAGCAUGCCUUAAUAUAGCUGCCUUAUAAUGAACUAUUGUGAGAUGUGUUGUGGUCUAAUUAUGUUUUUAAAAUAACAACAUAAAUGUAAGCUCUUUACAUUCCCUACAACAUAUUUUCUCAAUCAGUUAUCUGUG